CUAAGAAGGCGAAUGCCUCUCAUUUGGAAACGGCCAAGACUGAACUCCCUCCACAAUGCUCGUGCUGCCUCCCACUCUCCUCUGGCUUUCCGGAUUGGCAGCCAUUUUGUGCUUUAAUAUCGAGACCGAGAACCCGUACUCUUUCAAAGGGGAGGAAGCCUCACACUUUGGCUACAGUUUGUCUCAGUUGGACACAGGAACUGAGAAAUGGACAAUUGUGGGAGCUCCUCUACACAAACAGGGCAGCAACACACCUGGAGCAAUCUACAAGUGUGGGUAUCAAACCACCUGUAACAAAAUCUCCACCCGAGACGUCAAAGGACAAGAAGCGAUAGGUCUAUCACUGGCUGUUGACAACAAAGAAAAUCCUGCAUUGCUGGCAUGUUCUCCGAGACGAACAAUGGAAUGUGGAACGAACACGUUUGUUAAAGGCCAGUGUUAUACGUUCAAUCGAAAGCUGGAACAGAUGGGAAAGUGGCCGUCAAAAGAUCCUGAGUGCCCAAAGAGUCCCAUCGAUAUUGGCUUCCUCAUCGAUGGUUCAGGCAGUGUCGGAAGUGUUGAUUUCAACAAAAUGAAGCAAUUCAUCAUCGCGUUGAUGAGGAAGUUCGGUGAUAAAAAUGCUCAGUUUUCAGUUACGCAAUACUCCAGACGAGUUUACCCACAGUUUUCAUUCACAGACUAUAUAAAUGCUCCGGACAAACAGAAUCUUGUGAAUCAAAUCUCUCAAGCAGGGGGCGGGACACGAACAUUCACAGCCUUGGAAUAUUCAGCUAACACUAUGUUUGAGAAGAAUAAGGGAGGGCGCCCUGGAGCCACACGGAUACUGAUCACCAUCACUGACGGAGAAUCUCAAGACAGAGGAUCCCAUGCCGAUAGGGCUGUCCAAGCUGCCAAUCGAAAAAACAUCAAACGCUAUGCUGUUGGGGUGGGACGUGCUUUUGCAAAUAGCCGGGCAAAGAUCGAACUUAAAACCAUCGCCUCGUCGCCUGAGCACGUGUUUGCUGUGAGUGAUUUCAGCGCUCUGGAUGGCAUUCAGAACGAACUGGAGAACAGGAUCUUUGCUAUCGAGGGCACUCAGGGAACAGGUGACCAAAGCUCUUUUGAACAAGAGAUGUCUCAGGAAGGCUUCAGUGCUGUGUUGGCAAGAAAUACCAUCUUGUUAGGAUCUGUCGGCUCUUAUGAUUGGUCGGGAGAAGUCUCUGUGUAUCGCGGCAGCAGUCAAGGCUUCCUAAGGCAGUCAGAAAGAGAGAAAAGAGAAAUGACGAAUGCCUAUUUAGGAUAUUCAGUCAAAGAGAUAAAGUUCAGCGCUGGCUCUCUCUACGCUGUGGGAGCUCCACGAUACAAACACAGAGGAAAAGUCUUUAUUUUCUCGUUGGCACGCCAAAAUCCUCAAAACGAGAUUGAGGGAAUCCAGAUCGGUUCUUAUUUUGGAGCUGAGCUGUGUUCUGUGGACCUGAACUCCGAUGGCCGGACUGACCUGCUGCUGAUCGGAGCUCCAUUAUACCUCAACCAGAACCAAGGUGGCAUCGUCCACAUUCACCAGCCUACCCAACUGAAGACGGAGAUCGGACAUCUGACAGGCGAGAAAGGCCAUGAGUUCGGGAGGUUUGGAAGUUCUAUCGCAGGGAUUCGGGAUGUGAACGGUGAUGGAUUGACAGAUGUAGCGGUCGGAGCCCCUUUGGAGAAUGGAGGCAGAGGAUGUGUUUAUAUCUUCCACGGAAGGGACUCAAACAUCAGCCCAACCUACACCCAGCGUGUUGAAGGGAGCAGCAUUGAUGGAAAGUUGAGAUAUUUUGGACGCUCUAUCGAUGGCUCUCUGGACCUGACUGGGGAUAAUCUGACUGACAUCAGCGUGGGGGCUUUGGACCAUCUUUUCAUCCUUCGUUCUCGGCCAGUGCUGCAGUUGAAGGUCACGGUGACGUUCACUCCUGACAAUAUAAGCCCAUUGGACGAUGGGUGUUCGGCCCCCGCAGCGCAGGGCACACCAGUAACCGCCAAUGUCUGCUUCACCAUCAUAAAGACAUCCCGACACACUAGAGAUGGAGCAAACGAGCAAGGAGAGAAGGAGAGAUGA